AUGAAGAUUGACAUUGUCUAUACAGCUCUUCCCACAUGGGUGACGCGGACGGGAUAUGAACCCAUGACAGAAACUACCACUUCUAUUGGAACACGCCUACUUCGAUGGAGGGUCCACAUUGAACAGUUGACUCAUUUGCAUUGUGCAGAACUGGGUCCAAUGGAGAACGGACAGUUCAAAGUGACCGGAGAUCAUUUUGGUGCCAGAGUUAUGUAUUCAUGUGAAGAGGGAUACUGGAUGUCCGGACCCAAAGAGAGGGUGUGUCAAGGAGACGGAUCAUGGAGCGAACACUCACCAGAAUGUCGACAAAAAGCAAGGUCAUGCGACCACCCAGGUGAGAUAGAGAAUGGUUGGAGAGAAGGAGAGAUUUUUACAUUUACCAGUAGAGUGACCUACCACUGCAACGCAGGGUAUGAAUUGGUGGGCAGAGCCAACAGAUACUGCGAGACGAAAGGAGAAUGGAGCGGACUUUUACCCUCUUGUCGUCCUGUGCAGUGCCCUCUACCGAUAGAUGUUACAAAUGGCAGAGUGGAUUACACUACCUCCACUUAUAAGUCAGUGGCUCGAUACGAGUGCCUUUAUGGAUACAGGAUAGUCGGUCCCGUGACUCGAACCUGCGAAGCGAAUAAGAAGUGGGAAGGAGAGGAACCCUACUGCGAAGAGAUUAAAUGCGGCAGUCCUGGUAUUCUCCACAACGGAUACGUGAAGGGUACGAGUACGAGAUUUGCGACUGUCAUCUAUUUCAGUUGUCUGGAAAACAUGACAUUUGUGGGAGAGUCUGCCACCACCACAUGUCAGCAAGAUGGGACCUGGAGUCAUCCAGUUCCAAAGUGCAUGGCUCCCUGCUCUGUUCCUCCUAUUGAGCAUGGACGCGUUACUAACUAUGCUCCGGAUGCCAAAGUAGGUCACGGAAAACAUAUCAGCGUGGACUGCAUUGCCCAAUAUGAGCUUCGCUACAAUAACACACCGGCUACCUGUAAUAACGGAUCAUGGACGCACAUACCUACCUGCAUACCAGCCCGGUGCAAGACCCUUCCCACAAGACCCCGCCACGGCAUGGUGAUUGCCCCCAAAACUGACCACGGCAUGAAAGCUCUGUUUCGCUGUAAAGAUGGUUACAAGUUGACGGGCCCAAACCUAACCGAGUGCAGUUUCGGACUGUGGACCGGCAGCACACCAGUUUGCAACGAAACAUACUGCCCCUUCCCUGGAGUGAUUGAGAAUGGCCGUAUUCUACUGGUCGGUCACAUGGGGAUGUACGACUACAGGCCGUAUGUGCGUAAGAUUACGAACAACAGACAGAUCAUGUACGAGUGUGAUCGGCACUACACGUUGAACGAGGGACCACCGGGGGCCACCUGCGUUGAUGGAAAGUGGAGUCCGACGGAGAAGCCGAAGUGCGUCAGGGGUUCACACCCCCAGGUCCGGUGGGAUCGUUCUGUGAGGGAGAAGAGAGAGAUGCCACCUCAGAACAGGAUUAAAAGAAAGAAAAGAAAACAUAAAGGUGACUGCAAACCAGUGAUGUCGACACCCUGGAUGGAAGUUCGGUUAGUGAAGGGUUCCAGCGAGAGUUCGAGGGGGAGCAUCAUCCAGGUGAUGUGCGGUUGGGGAUAUACCCUCAACAUCGACAACAGGACAGCCCGGUGCGUGGGAGGAAGGUGGAAACCCAAGAAGCCGGAGUGUAUCACGACUCCCUGCCGAGUGCCUUUUACCCAGUACGGGAUGUACCACCAUUACAACAGGCUGGUGAGUCCUAAGAGUCUGAUGGAGCACAGCGAGGUGAUCACCUUGUCUUGCGAUCAAGGCUAUCAGCUGAUGGGUCCCGAAGCACUGCGAUGUUGGUAUGGCGAAUGGGCGGUCAACAAGAUGCCGAAGUGCUUGCCUGGUCCUUGUCAACUGGAAGAACUGUCUCAUGGAAGGUACCUGGAGGGUUACAGAGCUGGCCUCACCAUAUCCCAUGGUUCUUCCAUCCGAUACAGUUGUGAGAUGGAUUAUAUGAAAAGUAUACCGGAUCCCGUCCAAUGCUUCGAAGGGAAAUUGAGACCAGGAGUGCCCAAAUGCACAAGACACGAGGAACAAAACAUAUCUCCUUCGGAUGUAAUCCCUUCAGAGAGCGCACCGACAGCAGAACUCUGCACACUUCCAGAGAGGUUGCACAACACGCUGCUGUACAGAGGAAGCACCUUUAUCCAACCACCAGGAUAUUCCACUCAGCAGCAGUCCGAAGGAAAUAGGUAUUUUCCGAAUGGCACCCAAGUCCUUUUCAAAUGCCUGUCAGCAUACAGCGGUAAAAAAACAACAUGGAAGAUCGUCUGCCAAGAUGGCGUAUGGGUUGGAAGACCGCAUAAUUGCGAUUCCAGACCACCAGUGGAUCACAAUCACAACAAGUCUUGCAUUUUCCGUCGACCCCAUCAGGAUGUGGUUGCAUUCGUGCAGGACAAGAAAUUGAAUGUGGAGAUAGGUAAAUUCCCUGCAGGCACAGAACUGGUGUACAGGUGUGUGGACAUCGGGAAGUUCAGUUUCGAGGGAAGCAUCAGGAGAAGGUGCGUGGGUGGACAGUGGACGGGAUCAGAACCCGUCUGCUCUGGACUAUCGCAAGAGUACGACUAUGCUCUAGAAAAAGCACCGACCAUCCUAUUCCGCAACCAGAUCGGUCAGAUUGCUCAGAGCAAUGACGGUAAACUGAUUGUGUAUCCUGGAACAGUUUUGCACCUCGAAUGUCUCUGGAUAAGGAAGUACGGAACUCCACACUGGGAAGUGAGCCACAAAAACAGGAAAUAUCCCGAAGGUUGGACGAGCGAACCAGGAAGAGAUUCACAACUUGAAUACAGAUUAACCAUCUACCAUGCUAUGACAGAAGAUUCGGGACUGUUCACUUGUGUCUCACCCACGGGUCACAGACAUGCAGUAGAAAUUGUUGUGUCCGCUGUCCAUUGUCCUGUGGUCAUGGAAGUAGGUGGUCUGAGACUUAGUACAGGAGUCACCAAAAUGAAUGUCAAAGUGGUCUUCUCUUGUGAAGAGGGCAGAAAAUUGAAAGGAUUCGAACAAGCUACUUGCUUGCCUUCAGGCCAGUGGUCUGCAAAACAUCCCACAUGCCAAAAAGUACCAUUGUGUCCUUAUCCUGGAACCACAAAAGGGGUCACCAUAUCCAAUGUUAAAUUCUACUACCAAAUAUCAGAAACUGUUAUCUUUGGUUGUAAAGAAGGUUACAAGAUCCAGGGUCGAACUGUUCUGCAGUGCAUGGAUGUAGGCAGGUGGUCUGGAUCCGUGCCUACCUGCCACCCCCUCAAGAAAGGAUAAUUCAUGUUCAAGUUAAAUGUUCAAAAUAUUGUAACAGACGGGCCCAAAAACAGACAUCAACAUGAAAAAACUCGCACAAUAAAAAACGCAGCGCAAACACAUAAAAUGUUAUUCUGAGACCAAAGUUUUUUCUAUUUCUAUUGCGCGCUCGUGGAUUGUGUUGUUAGAUCUCAAUUUAGAAUGGGUCGCGUUUCACACUAAAAUGACGGGGUCGCUGAAAUGAAGACAAACAGAAAGAAAAAUCGUUCUUCUUCGAAUCAUUAAAAUAAGUUAUUUGUUCGAUUUAUAUAUUAAUGCUUAUGCACUGUUGAAAUUUUCAUUCUAAAAUAUGGUAAAAUAACUGGUCUGUCCAUUGAUUAACAGUACAAUUUACGGUAAAAAACAUUUUGUUUCCUUUAUGGUUUUGAAACCAUUUUAAAAAAGUAUGGUUAUAAAACCAUGAAUACAAAACUAUAAGGUUUUUUAACCAUUUACAACUAGCAUUUUUCAAAAACGUAAAAAAGAACUAAUUAUUUAACUAGACAUAGGAGGUCGGCUUUUCGUAAGUUAAUGGACAUAGGAGAGUGCCAUAGGCUGGAACUUCUUCAUGUGUUGAAGGGAGGAAUUAGUGUAGUGUCAACACUAGGACUCGAACUCCAGUUCUGUCGGUCAUGAGAUUGACAGAUAGGCUAUGAUGUGCAGGCAUUCGCGAAGAACUAAGAAGCUUCAUGGGGUGAUUAUAGAUGGUGAGAUAAAAUUCUAGCUGUUUAACCGUAUUAGGUGAAAGCAGUUGAUAAACAGUUUUUCUCAAACCUCAGAGUCUGAUUACCUUUUCUUAUGGUUAUUUGACUGUUUUGAUUAAAUACUGUAAAAUAACCAUUCAAUAAAUUGUUAUUUAACCAUUUUUCCGAGAAAUUUCUAACAGUGUGGUAACUGAAAUUAUGAAAAAAAAAGUGAGGAGUGAUUUCCAUUAAAUUUGUCUCCAAAAUUCAUAUAACUUAUCUAAGUGAUUAAAGUGGGAUGGAACGAAAUAAACUAUUGUGUUAGUCCACAGUCUUGGACAACUAACAUUCAUAGUUAAGCAAGAUUUUUAAAAUUGAUCAGAACAUCACACAAUAUUAUUAAUCUCUCCCACUGUAGAAUUAUCACGCCAUGUAAACGUAGGAAAUAGGAUUAAAUUCACGUAUGGCAUCUGUUAAAACACGAACUAAAACAUAAUUGAAACACAACUCUCUUUGAAAAAACUACCAAUACUAAUGUUAAAAACUUUUUAAUAAUCUUAAACAUAACAGUUCUACCAAAUAAUAAACAUCAUACUCAAGAUCAAACCAAAAUACUGAAAUACAUCGGUGGCGUCACUAGAUCACUUAAAAAAAAUACAAUAAAGAAGGCGCAACUAGAUCACCCAUCGUUUCGUAAUUUAUUAUCGUUUUCAAAUUCCAGAUGAAUAAAUGUUCUAAUUCAUCGCGUUUAACAGCAUCCUUAUUUGAACAGAAUGUCUCAAAUUGAACAGAAGGGAUUUUUUUACAGGGUAUCUGCGCACCUGGAAAGUCAUGGACUUCGGUUAUUGAACAAAAUUUGUCAUGAAAUGUCAUUGUUUUAACCAUUUAAAAAAAAAAAAAAUCAUGGAAAAAUCAUGGACCGAAAAAUCUAAUUUUUAAAAUGGAAUUUACCCCCUCCCCUCCCAAUUUCAGUGUUCUGAAUAUCUGAAUUUCCAACAAAAUCCCCACUCACAGUCAUAUUUUAUUAAAAUAUAAAAUGCUUUUAUCAUGUUCUUUAAAAAUUAUCGUGUUCUUUCAAAAAAAUGAACGA